AUGUCGUCGACCUCUCCCUCGAAGGAACCGGAGGUGGAACCCGAAGUUCAAUCGGGUGAAGACCAGGAACAAAUGGAUAAGGACCAACACGACACUCAGGCGCAGGGUCAGGGAGAGUUCGAGGUGAAGGAGCAGGAUAGAUGGCUGCCAAUUGCAAAUGUGGCCCGUAUCAUGAAGCUGGCUUUGCCUGAAAAUGCCAAAAUCGCAAAGGAGGCCAAGGAAUGUAUGCAAGAAUGUGUGAGCGAGUUUAUCUCAUUCAUCACUAGCGAAGCCUCCGAGAAAUGCCAGCAGGAAAAGCGCAAGACCGUCAACGGGGAGGACAUCCUAUUCGCCAUGACCUCCCUCGGGUUUGAAAACUAUGCAGAGGCCCUUAAGAUUUACCUGUCCAAGUAUCGCGAGACCCAAUCCGCAAGAGGCGAGCACCAGAACCGUCCAACAAGCAGUGGAUAUGGUGCUGGUGCGCCCGUAGGGGCCCCCGGGCCUGCCGGUCCUGGUGGCCGUCCAAUGGGACCUGGUGCAGGGUUUCCUGAUGCUGCUGAUAGCGCCAACAAUAUCAUGAACCAAAGCUUGGACCCGUCUGAGCAGGACACUUCCGCUUAUGGCUACCCCCCGAUGGUCGGCCAGCCGCACAACGGCACCACCGGUGAAUCUUAUUAG